AUGGCUGAAAAGAAAGAUGCGAACUGGUGGGGAGGUUGGAUUGCCACUGCCAAAGAAAAGUCGUGGUCAGCCUUUGAAAUGGCAAAGAAGGAUGUUUCAGAAUUUGUAACAACAUUACAAACAGAUACUACGCAAAUUGUAUCGGAAACAGCGGAUACUUUAAAGAAUAAGCUAACUGUUGAGCGAAACGAUGAAACUGGUAUUCAAAAAGGUAAAAUUUCUCCCAUUAGCGAAAAUUUAGGUUGGAAUGUGAGAUUUGAUGAAGGAAUAAGUGCUACUAGUGAUAUUGUUGAUGUAAAGUAUGAAUCAAAAGCUGUAAAUAGAUUGCAGGCUAAACUGGUGGUCCUACGAGAGAAUCCACUGACGUAUCGAGAGGAACCGACUGAUGGUGAAUUUCAUCAGUGGCAAUCUGCAUUUAACGUUGACGAGUAUAAGGGUGAAAUAUCUGAAUUGUUGGUGGAUAAGCCUCGUGUGAGAGGACUGUAUUCAAAACUGGUACCUUCAGAAAUGUCGCAUCUUAUCUUUUGGCAGAGAUACUUUUAUAAAGUCCAUCUUUUAAAAUUGGAAGAUGAACGUCGAGCUAAGCUGCUUGCCCGAGCUAAUGAAACAGAAGACGAAGUUGAUUGGGGUGAUGAUGAAGACGAUUCGGACGGCUAUAGUGGCAGUGCUUUAGACACCGAAAAUAGGAUAGAAACGACAACUGCGCUACCAGAGGUUUCUCCCGGGAUUGAUGAAAAAGACAUAGCUACAACAGAAGGCCCCGAAAUAGAGGAUGCAUGUACAAAAAAUGUUCAAGUCCAUGAUUGCGAGCCUACUGAAGUACCGGAUACUCACGAAAAAGACGUCCAAGACCCGGAUAAUGAAACUACUGCAUGUAAUUUGGAGUCAAAUGAUAAUAUUGAGUCAAUAGAAUUAGCAGGUACUUCUGAAAACCAGAAAUAUAGCGAAGAUAGGGCAUCGAAUAUCGAUAAUGAAGACAAGAUUUCAGUCGGUGAUAAUAUAGAAGCAAAGAAUGAAUCAUGCAGCGAAACUGAAGCAGUUUCUCCGGGUUCGCGUGAUAUUUUACCUGAAGACACGGAUGUAUGCCACGAAAUAGUCAAAUCUCCAGUUAUUGAUGAAAAAGAAUGUGAUCUAUCUCAACCAAGUGAUAUUGACCAUACGCCUGCGGCUGUUGCGCAAAUACAGUCAAUAUCUUUUAACGUGGAUGAGGAGAAUACAGGCACGGUACGAAUUAGCGAUGAAGAUUUAAAAGACGUUAAUGGGAAAUCAAGUAAUGAUAGCAAAAAAGGUAGUAGCGAAGAUUCAACAAGUGAUGAUUGGGAAACAGAAUUUGAUCUGGAUUUGGAAAACGUCGAAGCACUAGAAAAUACUCCAAAUGCGGAUGAUAUUGAUAAUGAAGACUGGGACAGCUGGGAUGAAAAUUAG